UCCAUGGGGGCAGAUGGGAUGUAUGAGAAGAUCAGGAUGCUGAACAUUCAGAGCACAGGCUGGGGCGGGCGGCAGGACUGGUACCCGGACGGGCUGGUCCCCGGGCAGCCCAACCCAGACAGCUGCCAGCAGCUGGACGGUGGCCUGGAGCCCGAGCCCCUGCCCGGGGCCGGCGCCGACGACCCGGACGACUCGCAGCUCCGGCUGCAGCUGAAACGCAAACUGCAAAGGAACCGAACGUCCUUCAGCCAGGAGCAGAUCGAGGCCCUGGAGAAAGAGUUUGAGCGGACUCACUACCCCGACGUCUUCGCCCGCGAGCGCCUGGCCGCCAAGAUCGACCUACCCGAGGCCCGGAUCCAGGUCUGGUUCUCCAACCGACGGGCCAAGUGGCGGCGUGAGGAGAAGCUCCGCAACCAGCGGCGCCAGGCGGGCGGGUCCGGGCACCUGCCCCUGGGCACCGGGGCCUUCCCUGGCAGCGGGGCCUUCCCGGCCGCGCCCCCCACCGGGUCAGGUGCCCUGCUGGGGCGCAGUGAGGGGCCCCUCCCCACCAGCUACGGAGCCCUCCCCCCACUGCCCAGCUUCCCCAUGGCCAACAGCCUCCCCAUGCAGGCUCCGCGGCCUGGCACGGCCCGUAUGGACCAGCUGGCCCUGGGCACAGGCUCCGCGGCCUGGCACGGCCCGUAUGGACCAGCUGCCCCUUGGGCACAGGCUCUGCUGCCUGGCACGGCCAGUCUCCUCUCCCCCGGCGUGUCGGUCCCCGUGCAGGUCCCUGGCGGCGACCCGGAGGUCCCCCAGUAUUGGCCGCGUCUGUAA